AUGCUGCGACAUGCUGGACGGUUCCUCUGCCAUGCUUGUCGCCUCACAGACGCACAGCGCCGGUUUCUGACUCAGGCAGCAACAACGACCGUCACCACCGAGAGCUCCUCUUCAGCUGGCAGUAGCUCUGCGCAACCGACCGUUUCUCCAGAGCUACUGACUAAGAAGAACAGGAGGAAAAGAACGGCGAAGGCGAUCGAGUCGAAACUAGCCAGUCGUGACUUCUCAGAACCUACAAAUCUUGAGCGAUGGCUAGCCGAGCUCAGCACAGGCAGCCUGGACCCUUCUCUCCAGGACUUGGAGCGGCUCAAACCAGAGAAGCUACCAAAUCCGGAUUCGGACGGUUAUCCCGCGGAAUACAGCGCUCUUGCCGAUCUGCUAUGCCGCACCUUUAGCAAGGCGCAGCUCAAUCGGUUUGUAGAGAUGUAUAGCAUGGAGGGUUGGUUAUGCAACCCGAAGAGGAAGAAGGUCGAAUUUGCGGAGACUAUCAUCGAAAGACAGUGGGGUUGGCCAUCGCUAUUGGAACUCGAGAAUCAAAAACGCGACAGAACGGAAGUCGAAGUCAAAGACUUCCCACUUGACGCACGACAACUGUUCCUGAUGAUGGGAAAGGAUGGCGCGGACUUGCUCCAGAUGUCUAUCGACUUCAAUGUCCACAUCUCUGUAUCAACAUCACCUCUCGCACUCCGGGUGGAAGGCGUGCGCAAGUCCAUGAGAGCAUUGACUACUCACAUUCAAGCGCUGAAGACAACCUUCGUGGAAGGGACAUUUGAUCUCCCGACGCCAGUUCCUCUUCCUGAAAGCCUCGUCCAGCGAAUCUCACGAAUAUCGGCGGCGUUCAUCGAAAACGUUGACAAUGGAGGGAAGGUCGGCGGCUCAGGCCCUCAGCAGAGGAUGUUCGCUGAUACAGCUUCUCAGAUGCGAAUACACGCGAAGAGUUCUCAAGGACUUUCUGUCGCGGAGCGCCUCGCAGUUCACGCAUCUUGUGUGGUCAGUCCUAUACUUCUGCCUUCUCUGCUUGUAAAUAAUUGA